AUGACUCCAUGUGUGAGUAUCAGUUGUUUUAUAUGAUCUGAGAUUAUGACAACGAUGAUGGUGGUGGUGGCCUGGUGCAUCAGUUGCUCAUCGUUCAGCUGACGUAGUAUGAGAUUAUCAGUAGAACAUCUAGAUCGCUUACACUUUCUCUUUACGAUUUUUUAUCCAAAUGGCCUCCGGUUUGCAUCCAUGAAACUUCAACGAAAAUAAACCAAGCGUGAAGAUAUACUCUUCUUCCACACUAUUCAACAAGUGCUACAGACUAAUCCAUACAAAGAGAUGUCAUACAAGGACUACACACUGACAGUUCUGGGAACCGGUACAAUUGGCCAGGCUUUCCUCUCUGCCUACCUCUCCAACCCUAAAGCUGAAACCGCGCCAAAGAAGAUCAUUGCCUGUGUGAACAGCGAAGCCAGUGCAAAGAAGCUUGAGUCCAUCUACAAGUCAUCCAACGGGAUUGAGAUUGAAAUCUCAUAUGGCGCUGAAAGUAACGGUAAGGCAGUUGCGCAAUCGCAGGUGGUUGUGAUUGGUACCAAGCCAUACCUCACUGAAAAGGCCUUGGAAUCGUGCCCAUCUCUACAAGGUAAGCUGUUGAUUUCAUUGGUUGCAGGCUGGACCAUUGAUCAAUUCCAGCAGUACUCUGCAAAGGUGUCCAGAGUCAUGACAAACACACCAGCAAAGUACCAGUACGGUACCGCCGUGGUUGCCAAUUCCAGCGCAGCCACAGAGGAUGAACGCCAGCUGAUCUUGGACCUCAUGGGACCAAUUGGUAAAGUUGUUGAGCUGCCAGAGAAGAACAUGGAUGCCGCCACGGGUCUUGUCGGUUCAGGACCAGCUUUCGUCCUUUUGAUCUUGGAAGCUAUGACGGAGGCAGGACUGUCAUUGGGUAUCCCAUUGAAAGAGAGCAAAGAAUGUGCAAUCAAGGUGCUAGAAGGCACUGCCAAGCUCGCCGAGAUCACAGGAGCCCAUCCAGCAGAGUUGAAGCACCAAGUGUGUACCCCAGGAGGAACUACCAUCGCAGGUGUCGUUGCGAUGGAGGAAGCCGGAUUGAAGAGCGCUAUUGUUAAAGGUAUCACCGCGGCAGCAAACAGAGCAAGUGAACUGGGAAAGAAAUGAUGACUCAGCACCAACAGCAUGAUGGGCAUACAACAAACCACCGAAUAGCACACAUCUUCCAUAGUGUUUUGAAAGAUCACCGGUAUUACCCUAC